AUGAACGACCUGCCUCGCUGGCCGCGGUACCGGCCGAUCCGCGUGAUCGGUCAGGGCGGCUUCGGCACGGUGUACCUCUGCGUGGACACGGAGUCCACCAGCGCCAUGUAUGAGCAGGAGGUGGCUGUCAAGGCUGUCUCGCUCGGCGCCCUUUCCGAUGAAGAGGUGCUCAUGGUCAUGUCAGAGGUGUCGCUGCUGAAGAAUGUUGGCCACCCGAACAUCAUCACCUACUACGACUCGUUCCUGUACGAUGAUGAUGAGUCGGCGCUGCCACGGAAGGGCGGUGCCGCGCUUGUUCCACAGGCUGAUGGCGACGACAUCGCUGCAGCUGGGCCAGGCUUUCGAUCGCAGUGGCUCUGUCUUGUGACGGAGUACAUGGACGGCGGCGACCUUGCCGCCCUGCUGCGUCAGUACAGCGGUCAAGGGCUGAACAGCACCAAAGGUGUAUGCGAGGCCACAAGUUUGAGGACAGUGGACACGGCCGCCGCAGUGCGCAAGCGGGGCAGGUCUGCAGCUGCUUUAACAGACGACGCGGCUGCAUGGGCCAAUCAAGGGGAGGCGAGUGAGGGAGAUUGGGUAAGUCGCAGUCGACUACACCGCCAGCGCCUCGCAACGACUCUUCGCGCCGCACCGCGCCCACCAAUGCCGACGUCUGCCACGGCAGUGACGAAGGCAGCCGUGAUGCGGUGGGGUGGCCUCGACGCCUCCGUCGACCAGACAUGGAUGCCUGACGCCUCCGGGGCGGCGAUGCCCACCACCCCGCUUGGAGCCACCGACUUCGAGGCCGCAGAUGGGGCGACUCGUGGCAGUCGCAACGGCAUCCGAAUGCCCACUGCGGCUGCCAGUAAUACCACCGUUGGCUCUGCUGCCACUGGCGCGUCGCACCUCGCCAGCGUAAGCGGCAAGACCACAGUUCCCGCUGCCGGCCUCGCCUCCAAGUCGCUCGAGCCCCAGCUCCCGCCUCUGCCGAAUCAGCUGUGGGUCGAGUCCUUUCUCACCACGGAUAUUGCGAAACAGUGCCUCGACGCCUUGGCAUACCUGCAUGCCUUGUGCAUCGUCCACCGCGACAUCAAGCCGUCGAAUAUCUACCUCUCGAAGCGGGACGGCAUCGUCAAGAUUGGCGACUUCGGCGUGUCGAAACUGCUCCAGCCCGCAGAGCCCUUCACGACGACGUUUGUGGGGACCCCGUUUUACCUCUGCCCUGAGCUCUGCAUGGGCGACCCCUACUCCUUUGGUGCCGAUAUUUGGGCGCUUGGUGUGGUUCUGUACGAGCUCUACUGCCUGAAACUUCCCUUCACCUCCGACAACGUUCUGGGGCAGAUCUACGUCAUCACGGAAGGCACAUACGACACGGCCGCGCUGAGCACGCCACACGCCUUUGCAGAGCCCCAGCAGGCCGUGCUGGAGACGCUCUAUGGACCAUCCUUUCUCCAUUCCGAGCACCUGCUGCACUCCCUUGUGAUAAGCAUGGUCGGUAAAAUGCUUCAGGUUGAUCCUGCAGAGCGGCCCUCAGCCGAGGAGCUUCUAACGGGCGUGUUCGGCGCCGGCAGCACGUCACGGUGCGGCUCGAGCGCAGGUCUUCUUGCCUCGGUGGCGCCGACGCCGGUGCACCGCCCUCCGUCCACCUGCGUGCUAGCCCGUGGCUCCGUCUCCACGCCUCCGCAGCGUGGUCCAUUGUCGUCCGCUAUCAAACCCGAGGGAGUAGCGGCGGCCACGUCGCAAGGGCCGCCCAACCGUUUAGGCCCGUCAGCGAGUGAGCAGCACGCACAGUGGGCCGGCAGCCUCGUCGUGGCUGCGUCCAGUACGCUGCAGCAGGAGCAAGGGGCAUCUCACGUCUUCCUCACAGCUCCUGGGAGUCGCCGCGGCCGCGAGAGGAGAGACAAGGUGGUCAAUGGCUUCACCGAUGUGCACACCCCUCUCGCCGUCCGCGUGAAGACGUCUGUGGGGGACAUACUGCAAGGCAUGCCGUCCGCGCAGCGUGAGCGUCUCGGCAGCCGUGCAGCGGCAGAGGAGAGGGGUGAAAAGGAGGAGCUCUCGCGAGCCAUGCCGUCUGCGGCAUCGCCAAAUUCGACGUCUUCUCCGGUGCUCUCUCAUUCUACCGUGGAGGUCGGUGUGGGAAGCAACAGCGCCAGCCGACAAGCCGCGCUCUCGCCGAGCCUCGCAGGACUCGGGCGGGCAGAGGUGUUCGCGUUGCACGAGAAGCACAGCGGCAGUGCCGUGGGUGCUGAGCCGCCGUCGCUCGAGCUUGCUGAGCACACGGCUCUGCAGCUUCUCCCUGCAGUGCCGUUCCCGCUGGAGCUGCUUUACAGCGGUCUCGCCAGCAUCGGCGGCUCUGCCGUGAACAGCACAGGCGCGACUGGCGAGCAGCGUACAGUCGGAGACAAGGCAUCGGUGAAUUCUCCGCUAGGGGCGCAGGCCACGCAGCAAGCAUCACCACUAUUAUCUAUGUCGUCAGCUGACAGGCCGCCUGUUGGGUGCACCCACUGCGGCGAUGACGAUGCGCUGGACCACCCCAUCGGCUCGCAGACGCGCAGCGAGAUCAUGGCGCUGAUGGAAAACAUUCCAUGGCUCAAGAAUGCCGAAGUCUUUUCCGCCAUUCCGCUCUCCGCCGGCUGUGACAACGUCAUGCUGGUUGAGCGCGCGAAUCGCAGCUCCGUGUCUGCAAGCGGCGACGACGGUGCGGUGAGCUCUGUCACCGACAACACAGCAGCCGGCGGCUCCGAGGAGAGGGCAGAGGGUGCUGCGCCGGCGUCGAAGGGUUCGCGCACCGCGGCGCACCAGCGGCAGUCGCAGCUGCCGUCGCCGUUGCGGUCACCGCACAGCCCGGGAGCUGUCACGGAGGACAUGCGGAUGUCCUCGCGUCCCCUGCUGCCUGUAUGUCGCGCCGGGGCCGUGCCUCCCACGGCCCCCCGCAUCGAAGUGAAAACGGUCAGCGGCACGACCAUCACCAUGGGAGGCAGCCGCCGCCCUCCUAGCUCGCGAUCCCCUUUUCAGCGAGGCGCCGCCGGAGCUGCGGACAUGGCCGAGGCGGAGAGCACACAGUCAGCGUCGCAGCGCCGCGUCUCAGGCGGGCUCACUGCUGUGACUGGGCAGCCGCCGGGCACCCCAGCUGCCCCGCUCCGUCAACGUGUGUCGGUGACUGCUUUGUCCAUGACAGCACUAACAAGCAUGCCAACGCCGCCAGCCUCGCGGCCGGACAAGCCGCAGAUGACACAGGAUGUCCGUGGCUCUGCGUGUCCGUCGCCGUCGCUGCAACCGAGCAGGGACGCGGACAGGCAGCCGACAGUGGUCACAGUGGUAAGCAAGGGCGCAUCUGCCUCGCACCCGCGCCUGUUCUCAUCCUCCGAUCUUGAGCCCACAGUGGGCAAUGCCGCCAGUGAGGCGCGGCUGCGCCCCUUCAGCGCCUCCCAAAUACGUGCUACAGCGAUGACAUCGGCGAGCGGGGCCGCGCGACCCACCCCCAAGGGGCGCUCUCCCGGUCACUGCGAGGGUUACUCCACCACUGAGCUGGAGGCUCUCCUACAGGCGAAGUUGUCAACACACUAUCAGCGGCGGCAGCGGCAGCUGGGCGUGCUGCGAGCGCAGCAUGCAGCACAGGAGGCUGCUAAGGCCGCAGCCCGCGCAAAGCUGAAGGCGCUGUAUGAUGAAGUCUUUGUUUCUCGACUCGGCCCAGCGUCGUCGGACGCAGCCUGCACCGCUAUGUACCACUCCGGCGGCAUCAUAGACGGCCCUUCAGAGGUGCCGGAUGAGUUUGUCGCCUACGCCGACGAGCGCUCGAGGGCCGCGAGUGAGUCAGGCGACAGCGGAGAUCAUUUCCCGGGCGAUGGCGCCAUGGCGGCACCAGUAGUACGCACAGCGACGCAGCUGCCCGCGCUGGAGGCGGACGUGUGGGCAAAAGACGCGCUUGUGGCGGUGCUCUCAACGAAGGACGCGGCGUCCCCGACGCCUCCGUCGGUCCCGUCCUCGCAUGGCUCGCCGCUGCCUUUUUCCGUCGACGCCACGGCGCGGCAGGCCGAGACGGAGGAGUCGGUGCUGCGAGCUCUCUCCACUCUCUACGCUCGCCCUGUUGAGAUACCAGCGACGACUGUGCCCGGUACUGGAACGCUCAUGGACGGUGGCGAUGACAGCAAGGACUGGCUCGCGGCGACCCCCGCGGCGCGUCGUAUCCGCGAGGCCGCGUCGCUGGCGGUUGCCGUGGAGCAUCAGUGCGCUGCCUUUCGCCGUGGCAAGGAGCCUGCAAGAUUGCGCGUUGCUCCACCGUGGCGGCCACCGCGCGACUCACGCGACGUGCCGGGUCUCUGGGAGACGUCCUCGGCGGAGGAGGAGACCGAUGCGUCAGCACGUGGCCGACUGGGGUGCCCCGCGCCAGCAAGUGUGCGAGAAGAGGUGCGGUGGCGUUGGAGUGCGCCGCCUUCUGACCUGGAUGACACGGCAGGGACGUCGUCCGAGGACGAAGAAAGGGAGGCGUUGUUGUCGAGCACUGCUUCCUCAUCAGCUGUGUCUUCGUUAUCCACAUCGUUGUCGUCGUCAUCGACGUCGUUGGCGUCGGCGUCUGGGGCCGAUACUCCUGGUACACCUGGGCAAACUUCAAAGACGCCCUCCAUUACCGCGCCACCAGAAGCGGAUGUACAGCAGCGCCUACCAGGUCGGAAACUCGCGCGUAGCGGGAGCGAGCUGGGCGGUGGCGUGAUUGGCUCGCGACGUAGCCCUGACGAUGCCCAUGCUGGGGAGCCGCAUCCAUCUUCGCUGCUGGGAUCGCCCAUGUCUCUGGGGCUCGACGGCGUUGACGGUGGGAUCAGGGGUAGACACGCACGCGACGACGGCACGCCUGGGGCGUCUUUGAAUACGUCGAGUCUCGCGGACGCUUCGGCGAAGGCGGCAGCGGAGGCGGGUGACGAAAAGGGCGAGACGGACUCGGCCUCUGCAAGCUCAUCCUCGACUACAUCCUCCACCUCAUCGGGAUCGCACUCCUCUGCCGGUCACAGCUCCCGUGCUUUGCGUCACCCGCACCGCAGCAAGGGUGAGGCGCGGCAUGACGUGAGCAGCAGCUCACACGAUGAUGGCAGCAGCGCCGAAAACAGCAGCAACAGCAGCAGCAGCUCAGACGAUGCGCCAUCCUCGGCAUCGCAGACGGCAUUUUUUUCAUUUCACAGCUUUGGUAGCGCCGCGUCCUCGACGGACACCAACGGCAAAGAUGCAGAACCACGCGCGGCAACGAGGAGGACGGCGAGCGACGGCGACGAGGACAUGUCGUACACGUAUACGGUGCAGCUGGAUGCGGUGACUGGGCGGCGCCACUUCGAAUACGUGUGCCCCGUGACAGUGGAGAUGGUGGGAGCUUUGCCAGGCGGUUGUCGCGUCGUGUCGGCAGUAGCGGCCUUGCACGCUCUGGACUCCGCCACGGCGGGCUCUUUGCCCGCAACGCAGGUGCCCUCUAGCGGGCAUUGCGGCAUGAAACACGGCAGUGAUGGGCUGGCGCCGCGAGUGCUAACAGCGGAGGCGCCGACGGAUUUGCCCGCGACGCCGAGGCCGCACGAGGGCAUUGACGAUAGGACAGCCGCGAGUGGCGGCAUCAGCAGCUGUCUCGGCCAAGACAAGGCAUCCCUGUUCGAUGGAGAGUACUAUAUCAUGUGGCAGGAGGACGGUGGCUUCGGCGCUGCCCCCGCCUUGCCACCAACACAGUCUGANCNUNUCAUCCCACCAACUCCGGAGUAG